AUGAUACUAGGAAGUAAAAGAAUUUUUGAAUGGGAUGUUAUUGUUGAGAAAAAUUGUACAUAUGCUUGGGUUGGAGUACGUUCAUCAGAAAAUUUUAAUUAUGAAACUUUUGCAGGAACUCAAUCUACUGAAUGGGUAUUAAGUUACGGUGGUUAUUAUUGUUGUAAUUCUGGCAAUUAUAUAAAAAAUUAUUGUCCAUUAUUCGGAGAUGGCACAAAAAUUACAGUUCACUUAGAUAUGAAUAAAAGAACUUGUGCUUUUACGGUCAAUAGUACAAAAUAUCCGGAAGUAUCAGCAUGGAAUAAUUUACUAUCAAAGCUUUAUCCAGUGACAUCAUUAUUAUGA